AUGGAAGGAGAAGUGAGAUACAAGAGGAAAAGAGCACAUGGAAAUGAACUAUCAGAAAAGAAUAGACCGAAGAGGAAAAUCCUAUUUUUUCAUAUGGUUUACUUGACGCUACUUUUUGUGGCUUGUUUUUUUGGAGGAGUAUUAUUAGGAUUCUGGACUACGUCGUACACACCCGAGAUAAAUAUAAUCCAAGAGAAUACUACCACUUUUGAAUUUUUAUCCAAAAAUAAUAAAAUCAUAAUUGGAGGAAAGUUUAACAUAAAAUUAAAAAUCAUCAAUAGCACAAUACUGUCAUACACCCUUUCAGCAGAAAGUGUAAAAUAUUUCUACUACCCUGUGGGAACGAGUCACACUUGUCUCUUAUACAACGCUGGGCUGGAGGAAAACUCAGCCAAUCAAAGUCCUCUCAUGCACAAGAGUGAAAUAAGCGUUCCCUCAAAUAAAGAUGAAAGUGACUUUCCCACCAAGUUAACUAUUGGAGUAAAAUACACCCUGAUAAAGGCGUCAAAUGUUUUACAUAAAGUUCCAUUGCAUCUGGGUUACGCAAUAACAAACGAGCAUAAAAGAGAAAUACAACCAUUAUACAAUGAUUGCAAACGAUUUAAUAAGUUGUAUUUUUCGAUAAGACUUGAAGAUUUAUAUAUAUCGAAUGCAUUCAGGACAGUGCAUAAUGAAAAAAAGUAUGAAUUGAUAUUUUCUUGCAAAUGUUCUGUAGAUCCAAAUGUGGAUUCCUUCUUCAAUUCAGCGCCAGUUUACAAUACUGUUAUUUUGAAGAACUUAAAGAAUGACCCAAGCUUACUGAGUUAG